UUUGACCAGAUGUCAGGUUUUUCUCUUGAUAAGAGUACUUGUACUGAAGAGAGGACUUGUACUGAAUAUUGUAGGGUUUCUAGUCAGUCUUCAGAACUUUUUCCACAGCACACUGUUCAGAUUCCACAGAAAGAAAACAAGUGUAAGAUAUAUGGGGAAGUCUUUAGUAAGCCAUCCAAUCUAAAUAAACAUGGGAAAAUUCAUACAGGAAGGAAACAUUUCCAAUGUACAGAAUGUAGCAAAGAGUUUAAAUGUCGCUCACAUCUUACUGAACAUCAGCGAAUUCACAGUGGAGAGAAACCUUAUAAAUGUACACAAUGUGGCAAAGCGUUGACUCACAAUUCAACUCUUUCUUGUCUUUCGCGAAUUCAUACUGGAGAGAAACAUUACAAAUGUACAGAAUGUGGCAAAGCCUUUACUUACAUUUCAGGUCUUAUUCAACAUCAGCGAAAUCAUACUGGAGAGAAGCCUUAUAAAUGUAAGGUUUGUGGCAAAGCCUUUAGCCAGCGCUAUGGUUUUACUCAACAUCAGUUAAUUCAUACUGGAGAGAAACCUUUUAAAUGUAAAGAAUGUGGAAAAGCCUUUAGCCAAUCCUCAACUCUUACUAAACACCAGCGAAUUCAUACUGGAGAGAAACCUUAUAAAUGUAAAGAAUGUGGAAAAGCAUUUAAUAGAAACACAACUCUCACUCAACACCAGCGAAUUCAUACUGGAGAGAAGCCUUAUAAAUGCAAUGAUUGUGGCAAAGCCUUUAGGCACAGCCUUCUUACUCAACAUCAGCGAAUUCACACUGGAGAGAAAGAUUAUAAAUGUGCAGAAUGUGGCAAAGCCUUUAUUUACAACUCACAUCUUAUUGAACACCAGCGAAUUCAUACUGGAGAGAAGCCUUAUAAAUGUAAAGAAUGUGACAAAGCCUUUAGUCGUCCCUCACGUCUUACUGGACAUGAGCGAAUUCAUUCUGGAGAGAGACCUUAUAAAUGUAAAGAAUGUAACAAAACAUUUACUAAGUUCCCAAAUCUUACUGGACAUCAGCGAAUUCAUUCUGGGGAGAGACCUUAUAAAUGUAAAGAAUGUAAGAAAACAUUUACUAAGUGCUCAAAUCUUACUCGACAUCAACGAAUUCAUUCUGGGGAGAGACCUUAUAAAUGUCAAGAAUGUAACAAAGCCUUUAUUCAAUACUCACAUCUUACUCGACAUCAGCAAAUUCAUACUGGAGAGAAGUCUUAUAAAUGUAAAGAAUGUAACAAAACCUUUAUUGAAUGCUCACAUCUUACCCAACAUCAGGAAAUUCAUACCGCAGAGAGUCCUUAUGAAUGUAAAGAAGGUAACAAAGCCUUUAUUCAGUCCUCGAAACUUACUCAACAUGAGCGAAUUCAUACUAGAGAGAAGCCUUAUAAAUGUAAAGAAUGUGACAAAGCCUUUAUUCGUCCCUCACUUCUUACUGGACACGAGCGAAUUCAUUCUGGGGAGAGACCUUAUAAAUGUAAAGAAUGUAACAAAACAUUUAUUCAUUGCUCACAUCUUACUCGACAUCAGCGAAUUCAUUCUGGGGAGAGACCUUAUAAAUGUCAAGAAUGUAACAAAGCCUUUAUUCAAUACUCACAUCUUACUCGACAUCAGCGAAUUCAUACUGGAGAGAAGUCUUAUAAAUGUAGAGAAUGUAACAAAGCCUUUACUACGAAUUCGGCCCUUACUCAACAUCACCAAAUUCAUACUAGGGAUAGAUGUUAUAAAUGUACAGAAUGUGGCAAGGCCUUUUUUAACGUUUCUAGUCUUACUAAACAUCAGCGACUCCAUACUGGAGAGAGACCUUAUAAAUGUAAAGAAUGUAACAAAGCCUUUACUACGAGUUCGGCCCUUACUCAACAUCACCGAAUUCAUACCGGGGAUAGAUGUUAUAAAUGUACAGAAUGUGGCAAGGCCUUUUUAAACAUUUCUAGUCUUACUAAACAUCAGCGAAUCCAUACUGGGGAGAGACCGCAUAAAUGUACAGAAUGUGGCAAAACCUUUAAUCGGAACUCAAUUCUUACUACACAUUUGCGAGUUCAUACUGGAGAGAAACCUUAUACAUGUACAGAAUGUGGCAAAGCCUUUAGUCAUAGUAGUAAUCUCACUAAACAUCUGAGAACACACACUGGAAACAAACCCUAG